AUGGCCUCAGGUGACAUGCCUAAUUCUCCCAUUGAUCUGCAGCGAAAGUUUGGUUUGCUUUGGGGCAAUCUUGGCUGUUGGAAAAUUAUUCCAAUGGGAAAAGGAUUUUACACUUUCAACUUUGAUUCAGAGGAGACAGUUUCUAGGGUUUGGGCGCAAGGUGCAGUGGCUUUGAAGCCUGGAACAAUGAGGUUUAUGAAAUGGGUUCCCAAUUUCUCCCCAUCCAAUCAACGCAAUACCAAUUCCCAGGUGUGGGUGAAGUUUUGGGAUUUGGGUUUGGAAUUCUGGGAGCCGAGAACCCUAUUUGAGAUAGCCAGUGGUAUUGGUAUUCCGGUGAAGAUUGACCCUAAUACUUUGGAUCGUCGUUUUGGUCUUUUUGCUAGGGUUUUGGUUGACAUCGAUCUCUCUUCUAACCUUCCUACAGAGGUGUUGAUCAAGCGCAAGAAUGGGGAAACCUUUGUGCAAAGUGUGGAUUAUGAAAAGCUUCCUGAUCUUUGUUCCCAUUGUGGUAAUGUCGGGCAUCGAGUUACUGCCUGCAAGCAUGUUCAGCCCGCUGCUUCUAUACCUGUUGAGCAUUCAAAGCGUAAUAGAGGUCGAUCACGGAAGAGACGAGCCAGGGUUGAGAAGAAACGGGGUACUUCCCAAGUCUAUGUUAGUAAGCAGCCGAAGGGCAAGGCUGUAGUCAUUGCCUCUACUCCACCUCCUUUAAUGGAUUGUGGUGAGGGUCCUUCGUUUGUUCGUAAAUCUCCAGUGGAAAAUUAUCAUGUGGGAAUGGGCCAGGUCCCUAAUAGUGAGGAGAACGCUCUUGUUCCUGCUAUUGAGCAACUCCAAGAGCCAAGGGUGGAGCUUACUCCAUCUGUUGUAGGAGUUGAAAUUGAUGAUGGACAGAAUGUUGAUGACCAGCUGAAUAAUGGGGUUGCCCUAGUUGCCAAUCACAUUGCUGAUAAUAACAUUGCAGCCAUUGAUAGUGAAGGAGUUUGUGAGAGUGAUGAUAUGUCGGUAUCGAGCUCCCCGCGUGGUGUUUCUUCAAAAGAUCAUGGUCGGGUACGUAAUUGGUUUGACGAGACUGAAAGGGUGCAGGAAGAACAAGAGUUUACUCAAGUUUUGUCUAAAGCUCAGAGGAGGUCUCAACGUCAAGCUACCAGGUCUGCAAGUCGAGAGGCAUACCUUCGUCGUUCUAAAGAAAUUUCCCAAUGA